GCUUCCCCGCUGGGUUGCUGCCGGAAGUUCCCGCUCCCGCCGUGGCGGCUGCUCCCCGCGUCCCUCCGCGGCCGUGAGGGCCCCGCGCCGCCGCCGCGCAGCCCGGCCAUGGCGGAGCCCAGGCUCGCCGUGCGGAGGAGGAGCCGCUCCAUCUCGGAGCGCAAGCGGAGCCGGGCCCCGGCGCAGCCCGUCGCCGCCAGCUCGCCAGUGGCUUGCAAGAGACCGAGCUCUGGUGGCGAGGGACCCCCGGCGGAGGCCCCGUGCAGUCACGAUAGCGAGGAGGAUAUGUUUGGUGAUUACGACAGCUUUUAUGGAAACGAUUCAUUGAUGGCUCAAGUGGAUGAUAUUGAAGACAAAUACCUGCAGGAUAAAAAUAUGGAUGUGAAAGCAGAUGGAGAGAUCAUACUUGGGAACCUGCAGUCAGGAGUUCACCAGAAAGAACAAGAUAACUUUUCUGCUUCAGAAAAUGUGGUUGUCCUUAAAAGUGACAAAGAGGGUGCUUGCCAAAUGUGUGACAGUAACCCAGCUGAUGGCAAUCAAGAAUUAACUGAGUCUGUUUUAGAUGACUUGCCAUCAUCACAACUUGUGUAUUUUGAAAAAAUGAAUGAACUUUCUUCUGCUUCUAGAACAUUUCCAGUCUCAAAAGGGAGGGAUGAACAUAUGAAUUCUUUCUCAGACAAAAUUAGGGACCCAUUGUCUUUUUAUGCUGGUGCUGAACACAGUAACAGACCUACUGACUCUUCCUCACACUCCAAGUGUGUUUCAUUUAAAACUGAGAGUCUCAAAGAUCACCUGAAAAGUGCUAUGACUGGAAAUGCUAGAGCCCAGACGCUGCAGGUCUCCAAGUCCAAGCAGCUCAAAGAAGCUGUUUUAUCUGAAGAGAUUUUUGUGGCUAGGAAAGCUAUUGAAUCUUCUUCUGUCGAUAUAGGCCCUUUUUACGGAUUAUCUAGCAAGAUUAAAGAUUUAUUCAGACAACUUCGAGGGAUUGAAACACUUUAUGAGUGGCAGCAUGACUGCUUAAUGUUAGAAUCCCUACAGCAAAGGAAGAACUUGAUAUACUCAUUGCCAACCAGUGGUGGAAAAACUCUUGUAGCUGAAAUAAUAAUUCUCCAAGAAUUACUCUGCAGGCAGAAGGAUGUUCUGAUGAUCCUGCCGUAUGUUGCCAUUGUCCAAGAAAAGGUUAGGGGUUUAUCGAGUUUUGGGAUAGAAUUGGGUUUCCUGGUUGAAGAAUAUGCAGGAAGUAAAGGACGAUUUCCACCAAUCAAAAGGAGAGUUAAAAAAUCUCUUUAUAUUGCUACUAUAGAAAAAGGACACGCUCUGGUGAACUCCUUGAUCGAAACAGAAAGAAUCGAUGACCUUGGCCUGGUUGUGGUAGAUGAGCUCCAUAUGCUUGGGGAGGGAAGUCGUGGAGCAAUUCUGGAAAUUACUCUUGCAAAAGUUCUUCACACCAGCAAAAAUACACAAAUCAUUGGCAUGAGUGCAACAUUAAAUAAUGUUGGAGACCUGCAGAAGUUCCUGCAAGCAGAGUACUACACUAAUAAUUUUAGACCGGUAGAAUUAAAGGAAUACAUAAAGAUAGGAGACACCAUUUAUGCAGUUGACAGCAAAGCAGAAGAUGGCUUUGCUUUUUCACGGCUCCUUAAUUUCAAGUAUUCUAGUAAUUUGGAGAAAGCAGAUCCUGACCACAUCAUUGCACUGGUUACUGAAGUUAUUCCUAAAUAUUCCUGCCUAAUCUUUUGUUCCACUAAAAAGAGUUGUGAAAAUGUAGCUUCAAUGGUGUGCAAGUACCUCAAGAAAGAAUUUAGAGCUCACAGGGAGAAAGAAAAAGAAGAUCUCAUCAAGAGCCUGAAGAGUGUUGGAAAUGGAACUGUCUGUCCUGUUUUGAAGCAAACAAUCCCUUUUGGUAUUGCCUAUCACCAUAGUGGCCUUACAAAUGAUGAAAGAAAAAGCAUAGAGGAAGCUUAUUCUUCAGGUGUCCUGUGUCUGCUUGCUUGCACAGCCACUCUAGCUGCUGGAGUCAACCUGCCAGCUAGAAGGGUGAUUCUCAGAGCUCCUUAUGUUGGCAAUGACUUCUUGAAGAAGAACCAGUAUAAACAAAUGAUUGGCAGAGCUGGUCGAGCUGGUAUUGACAGUGCUGGAGAAAGUAUUCUCAUAGUGCAAGAAAAAGACAAACACUUGGUUCAGGAUUUAGUUCACAGUCCUUUGGAGAACUGCUACAGCAAUCUUCUGCUGGAGUUGACCAGGGGAAUGCAGAGCCUGUUGUUAUCUUUGGUUGGACUGAAGAUAGCAGUUACCCAUGAGGAAAUAGACAAUUUUAUGCUCUGUACAUUGCUGGGUGUUCAGCAGCAGCUACUGUCUAAAGAGAAGAGCCUCUCAGAGAUAAUUAAAGAUGGGCUGGAAAAUCUAAUAGAAAAAGGACUCCUAAAAGGAAGAAUAUCUGAGAAGGACUACAAUUCCAAAUCUACACUGACAAUCACACCCUUGGGUAAAGCUACGUAUAAGGGCUCAAUAGAUUUGGCAUACUGCAAUCUUCUGUACAGAGACUUGAAGAAGGGUUUGGAAGGGCUGGUUCUCGAGAGCAAUCUUCAUCUCCUGUAUCUGUCAACUCCCUAUGAUAUGACUUCUACCUGUAGCCCAGAUUGGAUGAUAUACUUGAGACAGUUCAACCAGCUAAGUGCAGCAGAGCAAAAAGUAGCAGAUAUUGUGGGAGUACCUGAAAGCUUUAUUACAAAAAAGGCUUCUGGUCAAGCCAUCAGAAAGAAUGUGGACAAUGCCGUGGUGAACAGGUUCUACCUGACGUUUGUCCUUUAUACCCUACUGAAAGAGACCAAUAUAUGGAGUGUUUCAGAGAAAUUUAAUAUGUCCCGGGGAUAUGUGCAAAAUCUCCUCAAUUCUGCUGCCUCCUUUGCAUCCUGCCUUCUACGUUUCUGUGAGGAAUUGGAAGAAUUCUGGGUUUACAAAGCCUUGCUGACAGAACUUACCAAGCGUUUGACAUACUGUGUUAAGACAGAACUCAUCCCUCUGAUGGAGGUAGCAGGGGUUCUAGAGGCACGAGCAAAACAGCUUUACAACGCAGGGUACAAAACUUUAGCACACUUGGCUAAUGCAAAUCCAGAAACUCUGGUGCGGAUGAUUGAGCACUUGUCACGACGUCAAGCCAAACAAAUAGUUUCAUCUGCAAAGAUGCUGCUGAGUGAAAAAGCUGAGGCUUUACAGGAAGAAGUCGAAGAACUCUUAAAAGUGCCAACAAAUAUCCCAGGGACCCACUGAUUGUCAUGAAGAAACUCAUGAAUCCAAAAUUUGGAAAUUUUAAAGUUUUUAACUCUCCUCUUUAAAACUGCUGUAAUUUAAUAAAUAUUUAAUGUCUUUUGUAUACCACAAUUUAAAGUGAGUUCUGAAUUCAGAAUGUUUCCUGGAAAGUUGACGUCAUUUGAAGGUUUGGAUUAUGAAUUUCUUCAGCAAUAGGACAAAAGUAAUCUUCAUUCAUCCCUGGUUUUAGACGUAGCCCUAGGAGCUCUUUGGGAAUUGGACUGACUGCCUCAUGUGUACUUCUGCUGGGAGCUUAUGCUUGCAGGAUUCUCUGUACUCUAAGUGUAAUGGAAGGAGCUGCAAUUCAUAACAAAGGAGUUGUCCCAGAGUUGUGAAAGAGGUGGUAAAUGAUGCCUAGUUUAAGCCUUUUUAAAAAAUGCAGAUAUCAAAUUCAUAUUCAGCCUCUGGCAAUUCCCUGAGAGAAUUCUUUCAGGAUGCCUCUGAAGCAGUCUUCCAAACAGAAGGUUUGCUUUUUUAAAAAGUUUUUUUUAAUUUCUUGCUUAAAUGUGGAGAU